AAACGGAAGUAAACAAUGACCAAGAAACAUUUCCACGUUAGCGUUUUUUUAUUGUUGUUAUUUAGACGUUUAUCAACACAAUGGAACUCAAAAUGUGGACAAUUUAACAGCACAGCAUCACAUUCUUACCCCAUGUAGUCUUUAAUUCGCGUUGUAGACAGGACUUGAUUGAUAUAUGUUAUCUAGGUAACGCUAGCUAGCUGCUAACAAUGGCUAACUGUAUGGUUUUUCACACUCAAAUAGCCUCCAUUAUGGAGGUGCUAGCGAAUGCAGCAGUGGCAGAUAUUUGUAAACUCGUAGACAACGACUAUGCAGUGUUUCGUUUGGAAAUGUCUCAAAGCCAGAAUGAAAACAGGUCAUUGCGGAGGAAACUACAGCUACUGGAACUGAAGGUGGCACGGGAGCGCGCAGAGAGGACAAUGCGAGAUCGCGUAGUUGCCAGUCGUCCUAGUAGUGUCAAGAUCCUCGACCGAUACAGAGGAAUGGCAAGAGCAGGACACAAUAGAUGGAGAGAUGACCAACCAAUCACUUUUGAUGAGGGAAGUGGAACCUCAACCCAGCACAUUAUCGUGAUAGAGUCUGCAGAUGCAGAGGCUGCAGGUCCUGAGGUCAAGCUGGAGAGGUCUGAAGGAAAGGAGGACCCACGGCACAGCUGUGACAUCCAGACUGGACUGGCUGGAGCGCCCCCUGUAGCUAUGGAGGACCCCACCACUGCCCCAGCGCAGCCCAGGACCCGAUGCAGUAUCACGGAGGUCAGUGGAACGCCGAACGCCGUCCUCAAGUCAAAGACAGACACCAAGACUUUAACUGUAACACACAUGUUCUUACACACAGGAUCUGACCACAGAUCAGAUCCAAAGAGGCUGGGGCCACUCGGCUGUCCUCCUGCUCCCGGCUCAGAGUAUUUACCGGUAUUUCACCAGAGCCAGAGGACGGUUAAUUCCUGUGGGGAUGGUGAAGCGUUAGAAACUGGCGGUGAUGAUCCUUCUUGUUCUUACGCUACAGAGAUGGAACCUGGCAACAUGCCCUUGGGUUUAGAGACACAGACUGAUCUGUCUAGAGGGGACUGGAACCAGUACAGUAGUAGUGUAUACUCUGAAGGGUGCCUAGAUAAGAAAGGGGAGGUUCUGGCUGUAGAUGAAGUGACUGUGAAAUUGGAGGGCGACGAAUGGAAUCCAGAUAGUCACCUAGGAGAUGGACACUCACAGGGCAGAGAUUUGUUAGAUUACGGGGAAAUCAUAGAGACAAAUCAAAAUGUUGCGACCCACUCCCCUUUACACGCAUUCAGGGAUCGCAACCCAGUGUCCACGUCGAUGGGGCCUUCCGAUUCACACGGCCGCGUCCUUUUCGAUCAGGUAUUGAACUCAAACGACAGGGCUAGACCCCAGGAUCGGAGAGGGGGAGCUACAUCUGGCAAUAGUAAAGAGAAGCGGUUCCUCUGCAUGUUCUGUAACAAAGGCUUCAGCUGCCCCCAGAAGGUGGAGAUCCACCAGAGGGUCCACACAGGGGUGAAACCCUUCAGCUGUACCCAGUGUCACAUGUGUUUCGCUGAGGCUGGCACCCUGAAGAGGCACCAGAGGGUCCACACAGGGGAGAAACCCUACAGCUGCCCCCAGUGUGAGAAGAGGUUCUCCCGUCAGCACCAGCUGAAGAUGCACAUGAAGGUCCACACGGGAGAAAGGCCAUUCGCCUGUACGCACUGUGGGAAGAGGUUCUCAGAGAGGAGAUACCUCAGGAUACACCAGCAGAAAAACCAUUCCGCUCUAUAAAAUAGAAAGUAACCCUUCCACUCGAUAGCUUCUGACGUUAACGUAAAACCCUGCAUUAAAGGUAGACUCAGUGAGAUUACGUAGAUGCACAAAGUAAACAGCAGUAGUUGGUCAAUUUACGCAACAACUAAGAGCGUUGAAGUGCAAGGCCCAGACAUUGUGGGAUAUAUAAGGCAUGUACAGUGGGGAGAACAAGUAUUUGAUACACUUCUUACGGAGCCACUCCUUAGUUGCCCUGGCUGUGU